AUGAUGAAUAUUUCUUUGAAGCUCUCACUCUUGAUUUUCAUUUUGGUCAUCACAUCUGAUAUUGGAUCAGAAGCAAGGGAGCUAAUAGGAGCUAACAAUGAAUUCGAAGUUCCCGCCGAAAGUUCAAACUACGCCGGUACCACCAGGACCUUGAUGCAAGACCCGCUCCAAGGUCAAACUUGCAAAGCUGAUGCUGAUUGCUUAAAAUGUUCCACAGGAUUUGCAACAUGUUAUUAUGGCAAAUGUUUUUGUUACUACCAAUAA